AUGUCCAGCAAAGGACCAAUCAAUCGGCAACAUGCAGAUAAACCACAGGCCCCUAGAAGACUUCGGUCUACUUGCGACCGUUGUACAAUGCUCAAAGUUCGGUGCGACAAGAAGAAGCCGCGUUGUGAACGAUGUGAAUCAGUACAGCAACAUUGUGUCUAUGGUCCGUAUCGGUGGAAAGGGCGCUCGACAGCAAACCAAGCUCCACUCCCGAGUUCUUAUAUUCGAACCGGAAGACAAGUCGCUUUCAAAGCAGUAGAAAGCUUUCACCAAUCCGCAGCUCGAGAUUUACAAGUCACCCAACAUCCGAUGCCUGAGGGGCCUGUGAGCUCAUUGUCGGACUUUUCUGCAUUCCCAGGGCUGGAACGCGUCUGCUUUGACUAUCACGGUGAGCUCAGCAAUAUGUACCUUGGGAUGGGUGAUUAUGACAGGAACGAAGUAUCGGCUAAGCCAGCUCUACUGGAUCACUUCGGCCCGAUAACAAACAGCCUACCAGGCCAAGUGGAGAUCAAGUCUUUCGCUUCCCUUGGAGCAAGUGAAUCGCAUCCCGUACUGGACGCGAGUGUGUCAGAGUCCUACUUUUCAUCUCCAGAUUCCUGGACAUCAAGAAAUAUAUGCCCAUGUGGCAGUCUAGCAUUCAAUAUUUUGCAAGAGAUGUACCGCGCUGGAGACACAUGUCGAUUGGAGAGGGGCUCUGGGCUGCCAUCAAACGACCACAUUCUGAAGAUUAAUCGCACAGCAGCUCAAAGCCUUGAGCAGCUUCUAUCUCGAGACUGUACCGACUGCCGUGAGGACAAUAACAUGCCUUUCUUGAUUGUAACCACAAUGUCAAAAGUUCUAUCAUGGUACCGAGCAGUGUUCGAUCGCAUCAAUCAGCACUCACCCACCAAGAGCUCUGUUAACCUCAUGGAACCUCACCCGACUACACCAAUAUAUUUCGGCGACUUCGAACUUGAUAGUGUUGCUGAGCAGCGUAUCACAGCUCAGGUCCUGCUCUGUGAGCUUGGGUAUGUCAGCAAACUUCUGACCAUGAUACGGGAGAGUGCACUUGGAAGAUCGCAUAAUGAGCGAGAACCGAUAAGCACUCUCCUCGGGGCUGUUUCUCACUUUCUAUCGUCAACGCUGAAUGAUCUAACAAGCAAGGUGGAUGAACUUUGUACCUCUAGACAGUCCUUUACCGUUUGCUAG